AUGGUUAGACGUAUAGAAGGUACGAUUGACUACGAAAAACGUAGUGAAGUUCUUAAUGAUAAUCACAAGGUUUUAAUUUAUCUCGAUGAUAUGACAUUAACUGAUAUUGCUUCACAAGAUGGUUCGUAUGUUCCAUUUACACUUGAAUAUGAUGAAAAAGAUAUAGAAAAAACAUCGAAUUAUUCAAUACGUGUACGAAUUGUAGCUGAUGGUAAAACACGUUUUAUUACCAGUUCCAAUGUACCUGUGCUUACUAAAGGUUAUGGUGACAUGGUUGAUAUCAAAGUAGAAAAAAUCGAUUUAAUGUAA